AUUAUACUCUGUAGGCUGUAUGGCAGGGUUUGUGGGGUUUAGUAUAAAAGGGUUGUAUAGUUUGAGACAAAGUUGUGAGUGAGAAGGUGUGUUGUUCAUAAAAUGAGAUUUCUUGUCACUAUACUCUGGUAAAAAUUUAAGGUAUAAGUGCAAUACUGAGUAAAAGGGUUCUUUGAUAUUAAAAUGAAAUUAAUAAUCUUGCAUCUCUCCCCCUGUGCUUCUUAAAGUUGUCUUCUGUAAAUAGACCAGACUGAAAAUUGUCAUCUUUUACAAUGCUGUAGAUCUAUUUAUACUAUUUCAAGGUUGUUCAAAUGUAUAAUGGAGAGACGUAACAUUCAAUAAAAUGCACACGAUACUUUUCUCAAAAAGUUCAUCAUGGUUGUAUGUGCUUACUGUUUUGAAUGGACCAGAUGUUUACAUUUGUGGCUGUCAUUUUUCUUUUGACUAUUUUUAGAGAUACAGUACUUUAUAUUGCCUGUUGUUUUUAACCCUGCUACAUUUCAAUUAUAGCUUUAGAUCUGUGUCAAUAUGUACUUUUUUUUAGCUAUUUCCUUUUUUUAGACUCAAGUGAUAGAAAGUAUAUUUUAUCACAACACAGGUCGAUUACAACAGGUAGAUUGAAGUUUUGUAUCAUUUCUUUUAAUCUGAGCUCACUCCCGCUCCUUUGGCCUGGGGAAUCUCCCAGAGACUUUGGCGAAUCAAAUCACCACAACACAUAUUACAACUGUACAAUUGAUGUCCAACUAUCAGAUCUGAAAUGACUCCGGGCAGUGCGAGUCCAAAUAACUUGGUUAAUUGUGUUAUGAGCUGGUCCAAUGCGGUCACCGAUCGACGCUUUCGACGUUUCUGAUUUAUGUAACCAGAACAUUUUGCUCAACGUUACGUAAAGCCAAAGUAGCCGUCUCCCGCACACAGAGAUAGAAACGAACACGGUGCUUACACACGAGCUCUACGGUUCUCUUCAUAUUCAGGCUCGUGUCAACGUAACCGUAGGAUUUCAACCGCGUCGAGAAAAUAACAUUGUUUCAAUUGACUGCGCUGUACUUUGAAUGAAAUGGUUCUCCCCGUCAGUCACAAUAACACGGAGCCCGUCUGCUGUCUGGCGGAGCGCGGUGAUUGGCUAACGGCCGCCCAGGAGGCGCAAUGAAGAUCUGUGAUUGGCUGACAGCUGUCGAUGAGGCGGGAUCAUUUCAGCUGCGACUGUCAAGAUUGGUAAAAAAAAAAAAAAAGAAAAGAAAAAAAAGCUGGCGCUGCUGCGUGCAGGUAAAAAGGAACAAGCGACACAAAACAGAAAACAUUUGUCUUGGCAGAAAGCGAGGGCUGCGAUGGAGACGGAGAAACAUUUUCGUGCGACGGAACCCCAAAAGCGAGGCGUUUAAGUCGGUGAAAAAAGGCGCAACACCUUCGGCUUUCUUGGAAGAAAGUGCCGUUGUGUCAACCAUCGCUCGGGCUCCCGGGGCACGCUUUGUACAGCGAGCAACUUGGACAGCUGCGUGUUUUCAAGCAAGCCAUCAACAAAGAAUGAAAGCAUUCAAACGAGCUCUGGAAGAAGAGCUUCGCCCGGAGCAGGAGCACUCCUCGGCCGUGUCGGACAGCGACGACGGCUCCCCGCUCGACCUGUCGGGACGGGGUCUAUUUGGGAAACGCCGUCGCCGCGGCAACCUGCCGAAGGAGGCGGUGCAGAUUCUGCGGAGCUGGCUGUACGAGCACCGCUUCAACGCCUACCCGUCGGAGCAGGAGAAGCUCAGUCUGUCCGGCCAGACCAACCUCUCUGUGCUGCAGAUAUGUAACUGGUUCAUCAACGCACGUCGCCGCCUCCUCCCCGACCUGCUGCGCAAGGACGGCAAAGAUCCCACAAAGUUCACCAUCUCCCGCAAGGUCGGUGUUAAAAGUGAAGUCCACUCGGCUAACGGAGGAAGAGCCAGCUCUCCGGAAAGCAACUCCUCCACCGGCUCGUCUCAACAGCGGCCGUCCGUCAUCCGCUCCGCCCCUACGCUGGACCUCAGUCUUCUCGGGAACACGGCGACGGCCAUUCUGACCGGAGCGGGCUACCCGGGCAAGGAAGGGUCCGUCCAGGCGCUGAUGAAGCUGGACACCCAAAGUCUGCUGAGGGAAGCGGAGGAACAGGGGGCCAAUAUGGUUUGUCUCAACAGCACAACAAUGGCAGCUAGCCCCAGCAGUGGCCUCUUCAACACGCCGCCCCCGACUCCUCCCGAGCUGUUCCCCACCCAGGACUUCAGCGACUUGAGGCUCCUGGUCGACGCGGCUCUGCAAAGAGCGGCGGAGCAGGAGAACCUGAAGAGGCUCCAGGAGAGCCAGAACGGACCCGCAGAGGCUGUAAAAACUGAACUAGUGGAGGCAAAGUGUAGCGCUUACGGCAGUGACACGGGGCCCACACCGCCACCAGAGGACAGCCAACAAGUCAUGGAUCCUUCCAGGGUGCAGAGUCUGAUGGAGAAGGCUAUGGCUGUUCCAGUGUCAACUGUGACUUCAGGAAAGGAUCCAGUGCCUCUGUCUUUAACAGCCUCUGUGCCAGUCGCAGCUCCAGUCUUGGUCUCCGCCUCGAGGCUAUCUCCUCUCUUGAUGGAUAAAGUAAUCUGGAGCCCCUUUGACAAGGACACUGCCUCCAGCCCAAACCAGCCUCGGCUCAUCACAGCCCAUCUGCCUACUGUAGUGCCAGUGUCUGCCUCAGUUUUAGAACAGCCGAAUUCCCAGAAACCAGCCGCUGCUUCAGCCUCAAGCUCAGUUCCAGCUCCACUGCCCGUCUCUUUGCCAUCAGCAGUCCUAGUCCCGGCCACAAGUCCCUCCUCUGUGACGUCUCCUAGCCAGGCUUCUUCCCAGACUGUAGCGCUUGUUCCAGCUGCUCCACCUCCAGCCGUUACUUCUUUCACAGACCCCAGAGGAGUCCCGCUUUGCCUGCCGUUCCACAUGUCCCCAAUAAUCCCAAUCAGUGUUCCGCGUCCGUCACCCGCUUCGACCGCAGAGUCGUCUCCGGCCUCCAUUCACAACCCAGUCUUUGCUUCUACGCAAACUCCAACUCCUCUGUCCGCCUCAGCACAAAUAUCCUCCUCUACGCCAGCGAUGACGCCUCUUCUGGGCCUGGCUUCCCCCCUCACUGCUCCGCUCCAGCCUUCCUCCACUACCACCAGCAGCAGCAGCAUCAGUAGCAGGAAUUCAGCAGCGGUGCCCAGUGUUUGGAGCAUGGUCCAUGCUGACACCAGGCAACCCAGUUCUCUUCAAGGGGUAAAGACCCCCAUCACCACAGUGUGGGGCCCGCAGCACAGCCUGCACUCAGUGAGUGAAGCUGUUAACUAGGAGCUGG